AUGAAUAUCUUCCGUUUGGCCGGAGACUUUGCCCAUCUCGCCUCGAUUUUCAUCCUUCUCCAUAAAAUUCAACUAUCCAGAUCAUGUCGUGGUAUUUCCUUCAGAACGCAACUUCUCUACACCGUCGUCUUUAUCACUCGCUAUCUCGAUAUAUUCCAUGAAAGCUCACUCUAUCGAUUUCUGAUGAAGCUCUUCUUCAUCGGCUCCUCCAUCUACGUCCUUUACCUCAUGAAAGUUAAAUUCCGCCCAACUCAUGAUCCAGCAAUCGAUACGAUCAGGUUGGAAUAUUUGAUCGGUCCUUGCGCUCUGCUGGCCUUGUUGUUCCAUUAUCAUCUUGACUUGAUGGAAAUUUUGUGGACUUUCAGCAUUUAUCUGGAAGCUGUCGCCAUCUUGCCGCAGUUAUUCAUGUUGCAGAGGACGGGAGAAGCGGAGGCGAUAACAACCCAUUAUAUCUUUGCUUUGGGUGCUUAUAGGGCGCUUUAUAUCCCCAAUUGGCUGUAUAGGUACAUCUCGGAAAAUCAAAUCGACCCAAUCUCGAUCUUGAGUGGUCUGGUUCAAACCGGUCUCUAUCUCGACUUCUUCUAUGUCUACUUCACAAAAGUUAUGAAGGGGGAAAAGUUCGAGUUGCCAGCAUAA